AUGGUGGAGUUACUUGGAACCAACUAUGCCAAUCACACUCACCGAUACACAGAUGGCUCACGGUCAAGAAACGGAGUUGGAAUCGGAAUAUUCGGAGAAAACAUCAACGAAAGCAGCAGUCUUCCUCCGCAAUGCUCGGUAUUCUCGGCUGAGGCUGCCGCUAUCUUCCGAGCUGCAACAAUACCGGCCAACAAGCCCAUUCUGAUUCUUACGGACUCGCACAGUGUCAUCCAAGCUCUGGCUUCGGAAACACCAAAACAUUCCUGGAUCCAGGCGAUCAUAAAAUAUGCACCACAGAAUACGGUCUACACAUGGAUACCCGGACAUUGCGGAGUUCCUGGGAAUAAGUCAGCAGAUCAACUUGCCGGAAUAGGGCCACCGGGUCUAGGUUUCUCCGACAAGGUACCAUUGCAGGAUUUACAACGGUGGAUCGCAAAAACCUUCCGAGAAGCGUGGGAAGCCGAGUGGUACCAGUCCAGGACCACUUUCAUCCGAAAGAUCAAGGCGACAACCGAGCCCUGGAGUGAAAUGGACAGCUUGAGAGACCAAUGGGUUAAAUCGCGGCUGCGGACGGGGCACACCAAGCUGUACUACAACUACGGUAGGAUUCCGUUCCGGAGAAGCUGUGUCAUCUGCGGCGUUCCCUACACAGUGGAACACAUCCUGUGUAACUGUCCAGAGUUCCAGGAUCUUCGGGUUUCCUUCGAUCUCACCUCCAGCAUCAGGGACCUGCUUGGGGACGACACUCCGGCAUCUGCAGCUCUCUUCACAUUCCUCAAAGAAGCAAAUUUAUUCCAUCUAGUAUAG